AUGUCAGACUCGGAAGGAGUUAUCUUGUCAGCUGCAGAUGACAUUUCCAAGCUCGAGAAUCUUAGUGAACUGGAUAUUGUCGUUGGUGACGCACAGCAUCUUCAAUCACAGGGACCCAAAAGCCUUGUUUUGGGGGCAGACAAAAAGCUUAAAAGGCAAAUAUAUAUAGCAGCAGCUUCGGGAAAUUGGAGUGAGGCUUCAUCCUAUUUUAAAAGUCAUCCUCAUUGGUGGCGAAUUCCAUUAAAUGCACGUGGAAUUACAGCACUGCACGUUGCAGUUAGGAUGAGAAAAACUAGUUUUGUAGAAAAGCUGGUGAAUUGUAUGAACAUGGAAGAUUUGGAAAUUUCCAUGGCAGAUGGAAACACAGCCUUUUGUUUGGCUGCGAUAACUGGAAAUGUGAAAAUUGCUGAAAUUAUGUUACGCAAGAAUCCAAGGUUGCCAUGGAUUAAAGGCCAGAAAGAUAUGCUGCCAAUUCAAUUAUCAUCUUCUGCAGGGCAUAUUCCAAUGGGCGAAUUUUUAUUUCAAGCUCUUAAAGAGGACCUACACAAAACUAUACCCUUCCAAGACAUCGUCAAGCUAUUUUUCUUGACCAUCGACAACAAUAUUUACACCAUGGCAGCAAAAUUGUUGGAUCACUAUCCAAAAUUGGUUACCGUAGAAGAUGAUGGGGAAUUGACACCUUUGAAAAAGCUUGCUCGAUUUUCUUUAAGCAAGGAAGCUAUUGGCUGUACAGAUAUUGUAAGCUCGUUGUUUAGGGGAAUGGAAGAAGAGAAAGAGUCUCUCAACUAUGCAAAAUUGUCAGAAGCAAUGUUCGUUGCGGCUAAAUCAGGAAACAUUAUGAUUUUGGAAUUUCUUUUCAAGUACCAUCCAGAUUUGCUUUUUGAAGUGGAUUCCACGGAGCAAAGAAGCUUGCUUCACAUUGCUAUUCUGCAUCGACAAGAAACUGUAUACCGACUAAUAUUAAACCAGGGGGAUUCCAAGAAUGUGAUGGUUCAAUUAGUUGAUUUUGAGGGUAACAAUGUUCUUCACUUAGCUGCAAAGUUGGAUCAUCCAGAAGAAAGAUUCGGAUUAUCAAUAAACUAUGUUCAAAUGCGUACUGAGGAGACAUGGUUCCAGGUAUACAUAUGUAAUUGA